AUGGCAGUCACCUCAGGUGUUCAGCGAGCCCCAGUGCUCUUCAUGUCUCAUGGUGGACCGCCCACCCUGUUCGACUCUUCUCAUCCAGCGCACAAAUCCUGGGUCAAGACGGGCUCGGACCUGUCCAAAUUGCAACCUCGCCCGAGAGCCAUUCUUGCCAUCUCCGCUCAUUGGGAGUCCGAAGCGCGGUCCAGCGGUGAUAAGCCCACAAUUCAGGUCAACAGCGAUGCAGCCAAUUCUCUCAUCUAUGAUUUCUACAAUUUGUAAGUAAACGUUUGCAAAGGAUUCGGUCUGAGAUCCUCCUCGCGCUUCUUGCUGACACAUGUAGCAUCCAUGCCCGAAGUCCAGCACAUUACUACGAGCAAAAGUUCCCCUCGAGCAAUCCCAGCUGGCUUUCCGACCUAGUUUUGAAACAUCUGAACACGACCAGCUUUGCGGGUGAAGGGGUGUCACGGGGACCAGACCACGGAGUGUGGGUGCCCAUGCUCGCUGCGUUUCCGAAAGGCCUCACCGGCUCGAACGAUAUUCCGCUCGUCCAAGUCAGUCUUCCUCGACCGACGGGUAACUCACUCAAAGAUGCACAACAAGCUCUUCAGCUAGGUGAAGCUUUGCGUCCCUUGCGCGAACAAGGCAUAUUGAUCUUUGCUGGAGGACAAGCUGUUCACAAUCUCGGGGGCUUUAGAUUGGUCAGAUCUGGCCAGCCGUACGAAAAGCCCACAUAUGCUGCCGGAUUCUUGCAAGCUUUAUCAGACGCCAUUGUUCCUGCCUCUGGAACAGACAAUGCAGCGAAAGAACGUGCCGUUCAGCUGACUCAAAGGCGAGAGUACAAACUGUGCCACCCUACAGACGAGCAUUUCUUGCCCCAUCUCGUCGCACUCGGCGCCACGUAUGAUGGAGAAAAGGGCACAGAGUCCCUCAGACUUGACGAGGGCUUCCUUGGCUGGUGAGUGAGCAGCUGAUGUCAUCUCGCUACACAUUGUCGCACUUUUCAUCGAAUCUCACUUUGAUCUUUGUCGGACCUGCGCAGGACGAUGUACCGAUGGAGUUGGCCAUGA